CUGGGGCACAAUGUUGCCUAACUAGGCUUAGGCCCGGGGCCAUCGACAGCUUACUUCUAUGACAAACCUCUUCUUUUCACAUCCUCAAACCUCUUCCAAUGCGACGGCAAAAUUUCUUUCCUGCUGCGGCACGAUUAUUGCCAAAGCAUUGGCCUGGUUACGGAACUCCAUCACAUACCGCAAAAUGUCCUCCCGCACGCGUAUUUCAACGCAAUUUCAUAUAUCUUGGUUCAACCCCUCCAAAGAAUCCAUUCAGGACGAUCGGAACAGCACCGCCACCUGGGAAGCCCCAAUAUUUCGCCGCAUAUUAUCUCUUCGCUAUUCCUAUUCCGAGGACAGAAGUACUCUUGUGGCUGGAUAGUGCAGAAAAACAAAGGUCGUCCAGAGCGGAAAUAUUAAUAUUUGAAAUUGUUUUCUUAGGAACUAUAGGAACCAUUUUGUAUAAUUUGGAGCAGUUGACAGGUAGAGAAUCAAGUCAGAAACUUUCUUCGAGCCCAUUUGACUCUCCUCGGUUCACAAAGUUUACUAUAGUUUCCGAGGAAAAUGUCUCAUCGACAAGUAAGCUUUUGACGAUCAGACCCAGGAUAACUGUAAAGUCGGAUCCUUAUGCGGGAUAUUGGAAAAAUGGUCUCUGGUCAGUGGAAUUCAAGCAACCAUUGUUGCAAAUUGCACGAUCGUAUACGCCAUUGCCACCUGAUGAAAACAACACGAAGGGAGAUCUUCGUUUUUUUAUUCGAAAAGAACCAAAUGGUGAAAUGUCGAAUUAUCUGUUUGGAUUGCAAGCCAAUUCCGAGGUUGAGCUUCGAGGUCCUCAUGUUGAAUUUGACUUGCCACAGGAUGUGGAAGAGGUGGUUUUGGCGGGCGGAACGGGAAUUGCUCCUGCUAUGCAGGUUGUUCAUACCCUACUGGAAGCGCGGAAAUUGGAUGGCAAACGACCGCGGGUUCGUAUCAUAUGGGCAAACAGGAGAAGGGAAGAAUGCGUCGGGGGCGAGAUGCAUAAACCGGUUUCGGGAUCGGAUACACUCAAAUUAGACGGUACUGGUCUGAUAGUGCAGCAAUUGCAAAGGAUUCAGCAAAAAUAUCCAGAAAACCUUCAAGUGAAUUAUGUUGUGGAUGACGAGGGAACAUUCAUUGAUCAAAGGAUGAUAUCACAAGCUAUACAUCCCAGUUCUGAGAAAAUGUAUGGAUCAGUCACAGCGGAAAGUAACUCAAAGUUACUUUUCGUAUCAGGACCUGAAGGUUUCAUAAACCACUUCGCCGGACCAAAAAAGUGGUGGAAUGGCAGACAAGAACAAGGAGAACUUGGAGGUAUCCUUGGCCGUAUGGGUGUUGGCAAUUGGAAGGUAUUCAAGCUUUGACAGCCAUCUUUCAUCGAGAUGCGAACAAGGUCCUGAUCUGUUUGUUGUACGAUAUGCAUUAAUGCGACCGACAUAUGCUAGUUUAAUCACCGU